CUUAUUAUUUUAGAUCAUCCCCAAUUCCAAACCAAUUCCUCUGUGAUCUGAUCGGCGUCUUUGCUGCCCACUUUUCUGGAUACGAAAAAAAAAAAGAUGGGAGGUUAUAAGCUGUUCCUUGGCGGGAUUUCCUGGCACACGGAUGAAGAUCGGCUGAGAGAAUACUUUACUAGGUACGGCGAAGUGGUGGAAGCGGUGGUGAUGAGAAACCCAAAGACCGGUGGCGCUAGAGGGUUCGGUUUCGUGGUUUUCGCCGAUCCAGAAGCCGCCGAGAGUGCAGUGGUGGACAAGCAGCACAUGAUCGAUGGACGUACGGUUGAAGCAAAGACAGCUUUUCCAAGAGUCGAAAAACAACAGCCCGUUAUAACAAAUACUAAUAAUACAAAUAGUAGUAGUCUUAUUCCUGGACGCACGAAAAAGGUGUUCGUAGGAGGCUUAGAAUCUACCGUGAGAGAAAGCGAGUUGAAGAAGUAUUUCGAGCAGUACGGCGGCAUUAAAGAUGUGGCAGUGAUGCGUGACCCUAACACCCGAAAACCGCGGGGUUUCGGGUUUGUAACCUACCACUCAGAGGACGCUGUGGAAUUGGUUCUGCGCAGAACCUUUCACCUCCUCAAUGGCAAGAUGGUUGAGGUACAGCGCGCUGUUCCGAAACAACCGACACCGCCGCCGAUGCCCCCAUCGGGUCGUCCUAAUAGUUAUUCUCCUAGCCCUCUUGUUGGUUAUACUAACCAUGGUUACUACAACAGACCAGACGAUUUUCUUACAGGGUUCAGGAUGGAAGAUAACCUGGGAAUCCGUACAGGGUUGUCCCAAUUUGGUUAUCCUGAUGGUUAUGGAAUGGGGGUGAAUUUGGAUCCAGGGUUGAGUCCUCCUAGGUUUCGAGAGGUAUUGGGCUUCAAUGAUAAUGGAAAGGUUUUGAGGCCAUAUUUUGGUGGAAACUACAAUACUCCUCCUCCUCCUCUUGGGCUCAACACAGACAGCUUUAGUGGUAGUAGAGGAGAUUCAACAAUUUUAUUGGGUUCAUACUUGGGCUCUGGAAGAAGUGGUGGUAGUGGUUCAAGAGUGUAUGGAGAAAGCACUUAUGGACUAGGAUCUGGAUCAGGAGGAAUCGGGCGGAGCGGCUCCGCUUUUGGUGAUCCAGAUUGGCAAUUUGCAGCUUCUGAUCAUCAGGUUGGCGGUACUGGUUUUUUUGGUUAUGGUGUCGGAAACUCUAGCCCUCAAGACUUUGAAGGCAUUGUGGGAAGUUACAGUACUAUUGCAAAUAGACAGUCCAAUGGAGGAAUUGCUGCAUAGGAAAAUUUUCAUUACCAUACUUAGGAAAAGCGAUAUUUAGGCUGGAAAAAAAAAAAGUUUCUACUUACGGAGUUCCAUCAAUGUCGUUGCUCUUGAAAAAUUUUUAGUUUCUAAUGACGCUUUUUAUGAUAGUUUUUGAAGAGUUCGUAUCCAGUAUACCCGGAAGCACCAUGCUCCCUUUUCUAUUUUUUACAUUUAUAAUCCUUAUUGUACUUUUUCUCAAUAUUUUUAUAUUUUGCAAGUUUGGU